CGCGCCUGCAGAGCCGCGCCGAGCCCGGCGAUACCCUGGACAGCGCCUCGCCGCCGCUGCGCCGCCAUGGUAACAGCUAUACAACCAGCACUGCCAACAACUCUGCAGUGGCAUUCCCAGCCCAGGGGAAGCACAGAUGAGAAGCCAGUUGCAUGGGAGUCCAACUCUCCAGCCAGCACAGUGGCUUUCAUGGAGACCCUGAAAGCUUUUGACCGGGAUGUAAAUGAGUUUGUGGACUAUAUGUUUGGACCUCGAGAUCCCAGGGUUAGAGGAUGGUUCCUUUUGGACUCUUACCUUCCCACAUUUUUCCUUACUGGAGCAUAUCUACUCUGCAUAUGGCUGGGCAACAAGUUCAUGAAGAAUAGGCCUCCUUUCUCUCUCAGGGCUCACCUCAUCGUGUAUAACCUGGGCAUCACACUGCUCUCCUUCUACAUGCUCAUAGAGCUCAUCCUUGCCACAUGGGAAGGCGGCUACAACUUGCAGUGCCAGAACCUCCACAGUGCAGGGGAGGCUGAUAUCCGGGUAGCCAAGGUGCUGUGGUGGUAUUAUUUUUCCAAAGUAAUUGAAUUCACGGACACUAUCUUCUUUGUACUGAGAAAGAAAAGCAGCCAGAUCACCUUCCUUCAUGUGUAUCACCACGCCACUAUGUUUAACAUUUGGUGGUGUGUUCUGAACUGGAUACCUUGUGGGCAAAGUUUCUUUGGACCCACUUUGAAUAGCUUUAUCCACGUGCUCAUGUAUUCUUACUACGGACUGUCAGUCAUCCCUUCCAUGCGCAAGUACCUCUGGUGGAAGAAAUACCUCACUCAGGCACAACUGAUCCAGUUUCUGCUCACUAUUGUGCACACACUCAGUGCGGCUGUGAAGCCAUGUGGAUUCCCAUUUGGCUGCCUCAUGUUCCAGUCCUCCUACAUGGCCACACUGGUCAUUCUCUUCAUCAACUUCUACAUUAAGACAUACCGGAAAGCACCUUCAAGAACAGCCGUAAAGGAAACCCCUGUCACAACAGAAAUCAAGAAUGGCUUCCAUAAGGACUACUUUGCUGCUGCCAAUGGAUUGCAGAAUAAUAAGAAGGCACAAUAAGUAUAGUGUUUCCUAUGAUCUUUUUUUCUAAAGAGAAAAAGAAGAAAAAAGACUGAAUUACAAGCUUUAGCUUAAAACCUAUUUGAUUACAUUUAUCAGUUCUUUGUACCAGACACUUAUUAAUGUACUGCUAUCUAGGUUUUAACCAAAUGAGUAGAAUUACUUGUCUUGUCAAAGAUCACCAUCAGAAAAAGAAAGCCAAGAUAUUUCUCAUAUGAAAAAGAAAACCUUUCUGAUCUCUAAUGCUGACACAAAAACGCCUUAUGAAACACUUGAUGGAUAAAUCCAUCAAUGCCUUCAAAAGGUUAGGACUCUGUUCAGACUAACAGGGUGAGCACUUUCUGGGCAUGUGAGAGGUCUUGAGGCAAGGCUUCACACUGCACCCAGUGCAUCCAGCUGAACCGCAGCCAAGGUCAGGAAAAUAAGGGGGGGGUGGGGAAAAAGAUGAGAAUCAUACCUUUUCCAUCACCAUACCCCUCUUUUCUUCUUCUCAGCAAUUCCCCAAAACACACUCCCUCCCCAUGGACACCAGCAAGGUGCCCUUUGAUCCUGUGUGAGCCCUGGGGAAGGACAUGACAGAGGGCAGAGCCCAGGUGCACCAUCCCAUAGUUUGCAGGCGGUUGUGCACCACGCUCACUUGCUUUACUCAGGUGCAACCUGAUUCAAAUGCCAGGAAUGCUGGCAGGAGCUUUCUGUUUCAGGGGGCUGGACUGGUAGCCCCUGGCACUGCCCAGUCUGGUAUUCUGAACACAGAGCAAAACAAGUUACUUUGGAUAUGCUAAGUCAUUAGGACUUCUAGGUAAAUGGAUUUUGAAAGAAAUAGGAUCUUAGCAUCUUAAGGAAGAUAAAUCCAUUGAGUGUAAAUGUGUAUAAAGUUAAUCCUACACAAACACUGCUAAUUCAAAGGAAACUGUCGUGCCACAUAUUAAUAGACUGGAAGAUGCAGAAAAUUUGAAAAGUGAGUUCAGCAAUGAGCGAAGCAGGUUAUACACAAAUUUCUGUGCCAGGUGGACCUUACUCAGACUAGUCUCUGGCUGGGGAAACAGAGGCACAAUCCUCUGUAGGAGAAGCAAGGAGAUAUCUGCUGUCUGCAGCUGUAAAGGUGUCUCUCUCCCAAUAGCC